AUGAAGCUUACUGCUUCAGCUGUCGCAGCCUUUGUGGCUGCUCCGCUCCUCGCAACCGCCCAGACAUAUACAAAAUGUGAUCCAACAAAGCAAUCCUGUCCAGCGGAUCCCGCCCUGUCGGGAACUGCUACUUUUGAUCUGAAGAGCCCUUCUGAGCGGUUUACAGAACUGGGGAAGCCUACAUACAACGAUGAGGGAGUCUCUUUCACAAUCAACAAACAGGGUGAUUAUCCCACAAUUCAGUCCAACUUCUACAUCAUGUUCGGACACUUCGAAGUUGAAGUGAAAGCGGCUCCUGGCAGAGGCAUUGUCAGCAGUGUGGUCAUGCAGUCGGAUUGCUUGGACGAAAUCGACUGGGAAUGGAUUGGUGGGAACAAUGGCCAGGUUCAAAGCAACUUCUUUAAAGAGGGCCGCAGCAACGCUUAUGACCGCGCUGUCUGGCAUCCCAACCCAGGGAACCAGGAUGGCUUCCAUAAAUAUGCGGUCGACUGGACCAGUGAGCGCAUUGAAUUCUACCUCGAUGGUGAAAAGAUCCGCACCGUGACCCCCAACGAUGGUAACGCUCGGGGUAAUUAUCCCCAGACGCCCAUGUUCAUCAAAAUAGGCAUCUGGGCUGGAGGCGAUCCCACCAACGGCAAAGGAACAAUCGAAUGGGCUGGUGGUGAGACCGAUUUCAGCGCAGCUCCCUUCACUAUGCAAGCCAGGAAUAUCGUGAUCACCGAUUAUUCCACUGGCAAAGAGUACCGCUACGGGGAUCGGAGUGGAACCUGGCAGUCCAUUGAGGCAGUGGACGGUGAAGUCCGGAGCUCUGGAAGGCCUGGUUCAGGUCCAGAGGUAGGGUCCUCAGUUCCUCCAGCCGAGAAAACCGCGUCACCUUCAGGACACAGUGUGCAUCCAUGGAUCCCUCCUAAUCCUACCACGACACUUAGCACUGCAAGAGAGUCAAUAACAGGAAUUGCAGGGCUUCCCAGCAGUUGGCUAGUCACUGAUGAUGGGAGACCCACUUCGCCGAGUACGGCUUCUACGGCUUCCCUUACCACAUCAUUAUCCUCGCCUUCCUCUCCGGACUCACCUUCCUCUGGUGGGCCUGAUGGCUCUCAGCCAACUGGCACCAACGGAGAACCAGAUACGGGUAGAGGCUCCAACCCCUCUGCUACGAUAGCACCAGAAAACUCAUUGGCGCAUAUUUCGAGCCCUUACCACGGGCUCGCCGCCAUCUGCGGGAUCAUAGGCUUAGUCGUCCUCUUGUAAUCAGAUGCAAGAAUUCGUGGCCCCGAUUGAUCCCCAGAGUUAGGUUUCAAACGUACAUUCGAAAAGGGUGACACGUAUA